AUGCCUAUUGAACUUCUCAAAUCAUUUCUCUCUUCUUCAGUUCUCAUACUCUCUCAACGGUGCCACUAUUUUCCUUUGUCUCACCUCUUCGAAUUUGAUUCCUCCUCCAUCUUUCAACACUUUUCUAUUCAUCCUAACCUUUGUUCGGCUUCACCAUCAUCACCUCAACACAGCCUUUUUCGCUCGAUCUUCUUUGAUUCAAAUCCUUGUCUCAACUUGUUUUUAUAUAUCUUCUUCUACUUUCCGCCUUUGUACACCACUACACACUGCAGAUCUCAACGUCGUUCAUCACCUUCGCGUUCAACUCCGCUUCGAUCUGUUCGUUGUUCCGCCUCACUUCGUCUCAUCUCUUCUGAUUUGUUUCAUUCUCAUAUUGUUCAAACUCAACAAAAAAAGACCAAACCAAACCUCGAAACGAAACUAAAUCAAUCGAACAACAUUUCACGCAACACAUAUAUGCGAAAGUGA